AUGCUGUUCUACGUUUUCUUCGCAGUUAUGCUUCUGACCACCCUCACUGAAGGCGCAGCAGUGCCUUCUGAGGUGUGCAAAGAUGUCGGUCCAGCUGGUUCAUGCAAAAGAAACAAGGAGAAUGGUUGGUGCACAUCAAAAGAUUCCGCCAGGGUCUCCAUUAUGGAAUACAGAUGCCAAAAGACAUGCGGCUUCUGUCGUAGUUAA